AUGUCGUCCUCCACCGUCGUCGGCUCCGGCGCGGACACUCCCUCCUCAUUCACGGCGACUCCCUCAAAAACACCUUCGUCGAAGGCAAGCAGCCGGCGGAGCCAGGCUGAGUUGAAGUCCCGGUUCGAGGCCUAUAACCGGCUGCAGGGCGCUGCGGUGGCGUUUGGUGAGACGCUGCCGAUCCCGGAGAUCGUGGCGGUCGGGGGACAGUCGGACGGGAAGAGCUCGCUCCUGGAGGCGCUCCUCGGGUUCCGGUUCAACGUGCGCGAGGUUGAGAUGGGGACUCGCAGACCCCUCAUACUCCAGAUGGUUCACGACGCCUCCGCUCUCGAGCCGCGAUGCCGCUUCCAGGAGGAGGAUUCAGAAGAGUAUGGAAGUCCCGUAGUUUUGGCAUCUGCAAUUGCUGACAUUAUAAAGUCCCGAACGGAGGCACUUUUGAAGAAAACCAAGGCAGCAGUUUCUCCUAAGCCAAUUGUAAUGAGAGCUGAGUAUGCACAUUGUCCUAACCUUACUAUUAUUGACACACCUGGGUUUGUUCUUAAGGCAAAGAAGGGUGAGCCAGAGAACACACCCGAUGAAAUCCUUUCAAUGGUAAAGUCCUUGGCCAGUCCUCCUCAUCGUAUACUCUUGUUCCUUCAGCAAAGUAGUGUUGAGUGGUGCUCCUCGUUGUGGUUGGAUGUCAUUCGUGAAAUUGACCCAACAUAUAGACGGACAGUGAUUGUUGUCUCCAAAUUUGAUAACCGUCUAAAGCAGUCUUGGCCACUUGAUGUGUUGGUAGUAGUGGAAUUUAGUGACCGUUGGGAAGUGGAUCGCUAUUUGAGUGCGAGUGGUUACCUUGGAGAUAGCACUCACCCCUUUUUUGUGGCCCUUCCGAAGGAUAGGGGUAAUGUUUCAAAUGAUGAGUUCCGGAGGCAGAUUUCUCAGGUGGACUCAGAGGUUCUUCGUCAUCUACGUGAGGGCGUCAAUGGAGGUUUCGAUGAACAAAAAUUUAAAUCCUAUAUUGGCUUUAGCUGUCUAAGAGAUUAUUUGGAGUCUGAGCUUCAGAAGAAAUACAAAGAAGCUACCCCAGCAACCCUGGCUUUGCUAGAGCAGCGCUGCAAUGAUGUGACUUCUGAACUUGCUAGAAUGGAUUCGAAAAUACAGGCCACUUCAGAUGUUUCCCAUCUCAGGAAAUUUGCAAUGCUACAUGCGGCUUCUAUCAGCAACCAUGUGGGUGCAUUGAUUGAUGGUGCUGCAGAUCCUUCGCCUGAGCAGUGGGGAAAAACAACAGUAGAAGAGAGGUCACAAAGUGGUAUUGGGGUUUGGCCUGGUGUCAUUGCCGAUGUAAAUCCCCCCAAUGCUACUCUUCGUCUUUAUGGAGGAGCUGCAUUUGAGAGGGUGAUGCAUGAAUUUCGCUGUGCAGCAUAUUCCAUAGAAUGCCCCUCAGUGUCUAGGGAGAAGGUUGCAAAUAUAUUGCUUGCCCAUGCCGGCCGAGGUGGGGCAAGAGGAAUAACAGAGGCUGCUGCAGAGAUUGCUCGGGCGGCUGCGAAAUCAUGGCUUGCUCCUCUUCUUGAAACUGCUUGUGACCGACUUGCUUUUGUCUUGGGAUGUUUAUUUGAUUUGGCUCUAGAAAGAAACCGUAGUCAAGAUUUAGAACGUGCGAUUAAAGGGGGGAACAUGGAUGGUUAUGUAGGUUUCCAUGCUGCUUUAAGAUGUGCUUACAAUCGGUUCGUAGGAGAUCUUGCUAAGCAUUGCAAGCAGCUUGUGAGGCAUCACGUUGAUUCAGCUACUAGUCCAUAUUCACAGGUCUGCUACGUCAAUGACCAUGCACCCUCUUAUAACAAAUUCAACCAGGCUUCAGCCUCUUCGUUUUUCCUAGAGUUGAGUGAUACUAGUUUAGCUUCCCACGAUCCAAGGAGGGAUCAGGAAAAUAUACCUCCAGAAAGCAAUGCACAAGAAACCACACCAGGUAAAGCAGCAGAAACUAGAGAUGCCUUGAGAGAAAGUCAUAUAACAAUCCCUGAGACCCCAUCUCCUGAUCAACCAGGUGAUGUAGCAUAUGGGGUGGUUAAAAAGGAGCUUGGAAUUUUCAAUGACGGGGGACCAAGAAAGAGAGCGUCCAGAAUGGGAGGGAAUAGCAAAAAUUCUGACUAUGUUAGACCGCAAAAUGGUGGUGUUUUAUUUGGAAAUGGGGAGAGAUCAGGUUCAGCUUACUCAGAUAUCUGUAUAGCAGCUGCCCAGCAUUUUGCGCGUAUUCGUGAAGUUCUGGUCGAGAGAGGCGUGACAUCAACAUUAAAUUCUGGAUUCCUAACCCCUUGCCGAGAACGGUUAUUCGUGGCUCUUGGGUUGGAUUUAUUUGCUGUGAACGAUGAGAAAUUCAUGGAUAUGUUUGUAGCACCUGGUGCCAUAGAUGUGUUACAGGGUGAACGAGAGUCCCUCACGAAGCGGCAGAAGAUACUCCAAUCUUGCUUGAAUGAGUUUAAAAAUGUUGCUCGGGCACUUUGA